CGCUUUAUUUCUAAUAUUUUAAUGCUCUGUUUUUUUUGUUUGCUCUGAGUUUUUUUUUUAACUAUGACGUCAAUCUUUUUUUUACAGGAGAAAUGUUGGAUAAAUAAAGAAGGGUCCUACACACAAAACAGUCAACAUGGCGACGUCUUUGAGGAGGACUGCUGUGAAGAUUUUUCGGCUGCAGGAUGCUUUGCGGUCAGUUAGGUUUUCAGUGAAAGAUAGAAGUCAGUGCCGUUCCCUGUGGUCAAUCCAAAAGCACAGUAUACGAGCUCACAAGUUACACAACAAAGAGUUUUCAGUACGAUGGCUGUCCGUUUACACAGAAGACACACCAAACCCCAGGAGUUUAAAAUUCCUCCCUGGAAAACCUGUGCUGGGAACGGGAACGCUAGACUUCCCGACUUCAAGUUCUGCAGAGUGCUCUUUGUUAGCCAGGAAUCUUUUUCAGGUUGAAGGAGUAAAAAGUGUCUUUUUCGGUCCUGAUUUCAUCACAAUUACAAAGAAGGAUGAUGACGUUGAGUGGGCAGACGUUAAACGGCAUGCGAUUGAGAUCAUCACACAAUUCUUUGAAAGUGGAGAACCUGUAACAACAGGAGUAACGCAUGCAGAGAGCAAUGUGUCUGAAGAGGAUGAUGAGAUUGUCUCAAUGAUUAAAGAACUUUUAGACACUCGAAUCAGGCCUACCGUACAGGAGGAUGGCGGUGAUGUAAUCUUUAAAGGCUUUGAGGAUGGCACAGUGAAGCUGAAGCUCGUGGGCUCCUGUACCGGCUGUCCCAGUUCCACAGUUACUCUGAAAAGUGGGAUUCAGAACAUGCUACAGUUCUACAUUCCAGAGGUGGAUGAUGUUGAAGAGGUGGUGGAUGAACUGGAUGAAAUCAACAUUAAGGUGUUUUCAGAGCUGGAGAGAAAAUUGAAGUGAAAAUGAAUCCAGGCUGUUCUCAUGGCUUGUAAAGUUUGACCAUACAACCGUUUGACCGUUGCCCAGUGGCCAUUCUACCCAGUAGAAAUAGAAUUAUAAAUGCGAAUGCUUUAUCCUGGCCAGAGUAACGGUGGAGCUGGAGACUCUCAGGAACAUCAGGCAAGAGUAUUGAGUACAUCCUGGAUGGGAUGGGGGUUUCUCAGAGUACCAUCCCUACAUGCAUGCGCGCACACACACACACACACACUCCUUCAUACUUUAGAGUGAACAGGUAUAAAAUAUUUUGCAGUAUACCAAAAUAUAGAAUAAAUUAUAUGGAAGAUUCCUGAAACAUGCAUAGUCAAAAUUUUGUUAUAUUUUUACAAGGCUAUACUAAGGUUUCAAUUUGCUUAAAUUCAGCCUGCCCAUGGUUUUACCCUACAUUUUUAAUAUUAAAGUUAGGAAUGAAUACAUUUGUGCUGAAUAAAACAGAACAAUGAAAUGUGAGUUAUUAACAAGCAAAUAUAAUUGUGGUGUAGUUUGAAGUGUCUUGUAAUGUAUUCACAAGAAAUAAACCUUGUUUUGCUGUA